GAGUUCAGCCGUUUCCACGUGGAGAUCACGCCCAUGCUGGACCGGCUGCUGAACAACAGGAAGGAGUGGAACGCCCUGAAGGAAGUGCACGAGGCCAAGCUGGCCGCCAUCGAGGAGGCCAAGAAGGCCCAGGAGGAGGCCGGCCAGCAGGCGGCCGCCGCCCGGCAAGUCAAAGACCUGCAGCCUCAGCUAGACGUCCGGAGCCUGGUCCUGAUCCUGGUCCUGAUCCUGGUCCUGGUCCUGGUCCUGGUCCUGGUCCUGGUCCUGGUCCUGAUCCUGGUCCUGAUCCUGAUCCUGAUCCUGAUCCUGGUCCUGAUCCUGAUCCUGAUCCUCGUCCCAAAGGGGAUCUCUGUGGAGAAAACCCUACCCCAGUUUUAUCUCUGGUCAGUAAUGAUUCACCUUCUCUCUCCUCAGCCCAUGAUGGACAGAAAUAAAUCCGACGACCUGCCCAAGCUGCAGUGCGGUUUCAUCGACUUUGUCUGCGCUUUUGUGUACAAGGUGAGACGUCCAAUCAGUUUCUCUGGAGUCUGGUGA